CUCCCUCGAUCCCCGAGCAGGACGUUCCGCUUCCGCCUUGAAGGAGGAAAAGAGAGAGAUGCUGGCUGGGCGAGAGGGACGCUGACGGGAAGCGAGAGGCCGCCUCUUCUGCAGCCCGAGCGGGGCGUGUGGGGCUCGAGUGCGGCCGGGCGCGGGGGAAAGAAGGAACGGGAGACCCCGGCCGGCCCCUGAGCUCCGGAGAGGCCGGCUUCACACCUCCGGGGGCUCGUUCGCGGCGGCGGCUGGAGAUGGAGAAGGAAGGAGCUGCAGAUCUGAAGCAGAGAAAGAAGCCGAACAGUACAGAAGCUGAAGGAAAAGCUCCUGAAGAAAACGAUGAGGAAAUGAAAAAGUCAAAAAAAUCUCCAAGAUAUGUCUUCAUUCCACGUUUCGCAAAGCUUUUCUUUGGCUGUCUUGCAGCAGUCAUAAGUGGAAUGAUGUAUGCCAUGUACCUUUCGACAUACCAUGAGCGCAAAUUCUGGUUCUCUGGCAGGCCGGAGCUUGAACGAGAAAUCACAUUUCAGGGUGAUGGUGCCAUUUACUACUCAUUUUACAAAGACUUAUUAAGAGCUCCCUCCUUUAAAAGAGGCGUUAAUCAAUUAACCCACGACAACAGGACUCUCUCGCUGAAGACCAUGAAUGUCGUGCGGCAGAUGACGUUGUAUCCAGAAUUGAUCGCCAGCCUCUUAUACCAAGCAUCUGGCAGUGAAGAGGUUAUUGAGCCAGUAUAUUUUUACAUUGGCAUAGUAUUUGGACUGCAGGGGAUCUAUGUGACUGCGUUGUUUGUAACCAGCUGGCUAAUGAGUGGGACUUGGCUGGCAGGGAUGCUGACUGUCGUCUGGUUCAUUAUUAACAGGGCAGAUACCACAAAAAUAGACUAUUCUAUCCCGUCAAGAGAAAAUUGGGCAUUGCCAUAUUUUGCUUGUCAAGUAGCAGCUCUUACUGGCUAUUUAAAGAACAACAUAAAUCCUUCUGCUGAGAGGUUUUGCUACCUGUUGGUGAGUGCUUCAACCUACACUUUCAUGAUGAUGUGGGAGUACAGUCACUAUCUGCUGUUUGUCCAGGCUGUGUCUCUCUUCUUGUUGGACACCGUGGGUUUCACGCAGACAGAGAAGGUACAUGAAGUGUAUAAGGUCUACCUGUUUUCUCUCUUUCUGGGAUACAUGUUACAGUUUGAGAAUCCAGCUCUGUUAGUGUCUCCACUCCUCAGCCUUGUCGCAGCGGUGCUGCUGGCAAAAUACCUCCAGAUGAAUACAAAAAAGGGGACGCUUCUUUCAAGGAUGCUGAAAGUCAUUUACUUUUAUUUGGUAUUCACAAUAACAGUGACUUUGAAUUUUGUAGUGAAGACUUUUAUUCCCCAUAAAGAAAAUGAAUAUUUAAUGAAAGUGCUUGAAGUAAAAUUGGGUUUAAACAUUACUAAGAACUUCACAAUCAACUGGCUGCUUUGUCAAGAGUCCCUUCAGGCACCAUCCCAAGACUUCUUUCUGCGACUCACUCAGUCCUCACUAUUGCCUUUCUACAUUUUAGUGCUAAUCAUUUGCCUCGUGUCUGUUGGCCAGGCCACCUUCAGGAGAAUUAGCUGCAGUGGUGAACCAGUCAAUGACACAGCGAAGCUUGAGGGCGGGAGGAUUGGAGAAAGGCCAGAGGUGGUGUACCAUGUACUUCACACACUUUCGCUGGGAUUGCUUGCAAUGAUGAUGGAAGGAAUGAAGUACGUGUGGACUCCCUAUGUUUGCAUGAUUGCUGCAUUUGGCGUAUGCUCUCCGGAGCUCUGGAUGACUCUAUUCAAGUGGCUCCGACUGAAGGCUGUGCACCCUAUUUUGCUGGCUCUUAUCCUGAGUAUGGCAGUCCCAGCUAUCAUUGGCUUCAGCUUGUGGAAAGAGUUUUUUCCUAGGAUAAUGGCAGAACUUUCAGAACUGCAGGAGUUUUAUGACCCUGACACAGUUGGACUCAUGACCUGGAUCAAAAGACAGGCUCCUAUCGCUGCUGUGUUUGCCGGCAGUCCGCAGCUGAUGGGCACGGUCAAGUUGUGCACUGGCUGGAUGGUGACCAAUCUGCCCCUGUAUAAUGAGGAGGACCUGCAAAAGAGGAAUGAGAAUAUUUUUCAGAUCUAUUCCAAAAGAUCAGCUGAAGAGAUUUAUAAGAUACUCACGUCAUACAAAGCCACCUAUUUGGUUAUAGAGGAUUCCAUUUGCAAUGAGGUGGGGCCUGUGAGGGGAUGCCGGGUCAAAGACUUACUGGAUAUUGCCAACGGCCAUGUGUAUUAUGAAGAAAACGACAGCUAUGGCUACUCUAAAUAUGGACGGUUUUGCCAGGAGAUCAAAAUGAACUAUUCUCCGUACGUGAACUACUUCACUCGAGUAUACUGGAACAGGUCCUAUUACGUAUAUAAAAUCAACACUGUGAUAUCCUUCCAGUCCUGAGAUACCAUUUUGAAGACUGACUUGAGUUGGCAGAAUUCCUAAAUGGGAAGAGGUCAUUUACGAACGUACUUUUUUAUAUCCCAUAUACAGUAUAAACACACACACACACACAUCCUUGAGAACAUGCAAAACGGUACCUGACUGGAAUACUGCGGACAGACUACAGAACAGCGAAAGAGAGAGAUGCUGCAAGGCCAUGCGAGUAGAAUAUGGACUGUCUUCCAUGUUUUAAAAUACCUCUUCCCAGCUUUUCCAGUUUUAACCUUAUUUUAAUGUGCAUUGAUUUUAUUUUUUAUUGUUUAUAGCAACUGCUGCCUUUAAGUAGUUUUAUUUACUUGGUUAAAUAUAAAAAAGGAAUGUGUAAACCUUCUGGGCAUGAUCCUGAAGCUAUGCAUAUUUAUCUGGGGUUGUGGGAGGAUAUUCAGUCCUUUCUGGAGCUGCAGGUUCCCACCAUAUUUUUUAAUGAAUGGAAGUGGAGCAGGAGGGUUUGGAGAUUGCUGGAAAUUAUUCGGGUUGGGUGGGGUAUGAGUUGUAUACAGGGUAUUGCUUGGCUGAGAUUGAUUCUUGUUAAUCAUGGUUGCUAGCUAUGAUCUGCUUUCUGGCAGAUCUGUCAUUGAUCUUCAAUGGGGCACAAUUUUACCCUACGUUUGGUGAAAGACUAUAUCCUAAGAAGGUAGCACACAGUGGACUACAUGUCUUUAAAAAAGAAAUCAGUGUCCCAAAUAAGAGUUUACUCUUAAUAUGUACAAUUUUCUUUGAAAUGUGUAGAUGUGUUUUAGGAAUAUACAUCCAAUAUUAUGAUGGAGACCUUCUAAUUGUUUCAAAUAUACAAUUUAGUCCCUAAACAGGAAAGGGCUUGGAGAGGUUUGACUUAACCAUUUUGCAGAUUUCAGCCACUUUGCAGAACUGUGCAUCCGCUUAAAUAUGAUGGAUGGGGUUAAUCACUUUGAUCUGGUUUUAUAGCCUUGUUAAAAGUUAUUUCUCGAAUUGGAUUUUAAAAACCACACACUGAAGACCAAGCUGGCAACAGCAGAUUGUAUUUUGGGUCGAGUUGUUUUUAAAAAUUUAAAUGGGACCUUAGCAAUUUCUCUCCACAUAUUUAUGCUGUUGUUCUUGGUAAUUUCCUUUACUUUUCUGUGUGUGUCCCCCCCCCCAUCCCUCUGAGUUUGAUAUUUAUGGUCUUUCAAAAACAACAAUCCUGAAGAGUUUUGUUUUUUUAAAGUGUAAGCUGUGAGAGCAUUCCUUCUGUGCUUCACGGAAAGCCUUCUAUCCACUGACUAGAACUGAAAUUCCAGAUGCUGGCAUUUUCAUUCAAGGUACACAAACAUGAGAACAACCAGGCAAAGCAGAUUUAGUAUGUGUAUAUUUUAUUACACACGUUAUGUGUGGUACUCAUUGCUGCCUAUUUUAUGCAGGUCAAACAACUUGGUAGUAAUAUUUUGAAGAGGAAUUCAUUAUGAAGAACUCCAGCUCAUAGAACUUAAAAUCAUAUUGGUGUUAUGAUUUCUGAGAGGGUAUAUAUUGUACUGCUGAAUGAUUGGAUGUAAAAUGCCUUAUGACAUUAGCCUUGAGAUGCAUUCACUUCGACAAUGUCUGUAUCCGUGAGGUUUUGUUUGCCGCAGUCAUUCUCUGUGUUCCUUUACAAAUGCAAUUAUGCCUCUGCAUUGAAAAAAAAUUCUGAUGCUGCAAUAAAUUGCAUCAGAUGCACUUACCUUGAAUUUACUGCAAGGGAAUUUACGUUUCAAUACUUUUUUGUACUGAUUGAAGGGCUGCCCAUUUUGACAUGUUUCCGGCAUCAAAUACUCCACCUCCCUUCACCAGGCACUGCCGUGGUGUAAUCACCUUUGAAUUCUAUGAGGCUUCCAUGGAAAUAGAUGCAGGUCAUGCAGUAACAUCAAUAUGUCUGGCCAGCUCUAAUAUAAUAUCAUUAAUGGAGGUAAACCAGCAACCUCUAUGGUAGUCUCUAAUGUUCAUGAAUUCCACUCCUAACUAUUGCACUUCUGCGCUGGCUGAAUUACUUCAGCCCUAACAGUCUUGCUCAAAAUGCAGUUAUAUCUCCGCUUCUGAAAUGGGCUCCUUUUGAAUAUUUACUCCAGUGCUGAGUAACUUUAAGCUUGUCCACACAGUUGAAGAUGAGCUUGUUUUCCAGCCUGAAAUUUUGUUUUAUAUGUUCUGAGCAUACAGCGCAUAAGCCCUUACCCCUGAUUUUUAAGUAGUGAUGUUGCUUACCUAUAUCCCACUCCUCAUGCUUGAAGAGAAAUGAAAUCCGAUAGCUCUUAAGUUUCCAGAAACUUAUUACAGCAACAAGGGGUGGAAAGUGCUGCUCUGCUAAUAGAGAUGGAGGUAUUCCACCUGGAAGUCCCCUGCAUGCCUGUAGAGAAGAGGGAAACAGGACAUGGUGGGAACAAGCAUGUAUUCCUCCCCACAGUAGCCACUGGGAAGGUAGAAGAAAAAAGCUACCCCUUGCCCUGUCCAUGGCAAAAUCUUGGGACAAUGGAUGAGGACAGCUGCUAUUCUCCCUAUUGCAAAUGUGCAGUAGGAUUGCUCUGUUUUGUAAGCUUUCUCUGUGAGUUGUGGGACCUUUUGAAAUCAGAUUUGCAGCUGUGGAAGGAGGAGGUGGUGGCUCUCAUGGCCUCUGGUUAGAUAAAAACUUCACAAACCGUGAUAGUGUUUUUUCCCCCAUAGAGAAAAAAGUAGCAAAAAAAUUAAAACUGCAAAUCUAAUGUUGGUUAUUGGACUAGCUGUUGAAUAGCCAGAAGUGGGAGGUAGAUGAGGUCUUUUUAUUUUUAUUAGUUGUGCAAAAUGCAGCAUUUUCCUAACAUUCCCUGAGGACUUUGAAGGCGGUAUUUGGAAAGCUUGUAAGCAUCACUCUAAUUAAGUGUUUUUCGGGCAUAACCUGUUAUGGUUCUAAUAAAUGGAGAAAUAACUAGUCCUAAAAAAAAAAAAAAAGCAUUCAAACCUCUUGCUGUCGAUGUUGCAGUCCAGUUGGAACAUGUGCCUUGUAAACCUUUUUUUUAUUAAAGAAACAAACUCUAACCUCUG